UUUCUAUUUUCACCUCAGUUUUCUUCAACACUGUCUCUUAUUAUAAUAUGAUUUUGUUUUCGAUCCUUUCUUCAUAAACGUUUUCUGUGGAUCGCUUCGUUUUACGUUUAUAUGUUUUGUAUUUCGCUCUCUGUGUGUUUAUUUUACUGUCAAUCAUUAACACAUGAUUAAAAUUUUCAGCGCAUGUAUACAUACAAGCAUAUAUACACAUAUACUCAUCAUCAGCAUAUAGAUCUGUGUGUUUCUCAAUUCUCUUAGGCCACUAAGGGUGCCCACCACCACCCGCCACCACGUCAACUACCCGAAAACGCCCCGCCGGAACCAGAAGUGGAACCCGUUCGGGUACCACUCACACACCACUGACAACUCUCUCUCUGAUUCAGUAAUCACCACCCGAAUAGCCCUACCUGAUACACCGGCAACUGUGUUACUGAUCGGGUAGGAGAUGGUGCUCCGACCCGUUAAGUGAAAUUAAACAGCGGGUUUUUUGACAUUUCGGGGGUCGGAGCGUUCUUGGGUGUGGCAAUCGGGUAGGGGUACCCAAUUGGGUCGACCACGCCGCCGCUGGUGAUUCGGGUGGUGAAACUGGGUUACGAAAACGGAAGAUGGUUACCGAUCUGGGUUGUCUCUUUGUUUGGGGUUUUGAAUUGGGUUGCACCCCUGGUUUAUGCUUGGGUUAAUCAGAAAUCAAGAAGCGGAAAUGUAUCCAAAGUGUGCGGACCAGAAGAGGAAGUCGCAGCCAGUUGAUUAUGCGGAUAAGGAUUUGUGGACAGUUUCCAAGAGAGAGAUUACUUCUGUAAGACAGCUUUGUGACUCAAGCUACAUGCCAUCACUUUCGGUGUUUAGAAAAAAUAAGCCAUGUUUGGAACUAAGAGCUGCCAAUAUUGACCCAUAUCAUCAGAAAAUACAGGACAAGAUAGUAGCUGCAUUAAAACUCUUAACUGUCCGUGAGCAACGUGUUUUGGUUCAGUUUUGGUUUCCUCAUGAUGUUGGAAAGCACCAAUUACUUACAACCAUAGAUCAGCCGUUUGGUGUUGGUGUACUUGAUGCAGAACUUAGUUCGUAUCGGCAGGAUUCUGAGGGGAGAUCUUUUGUUGUGGAUAGGGAUUAUGAAGAAGGGGACCGUAGUCCUGCAGCUCGAGUAUACAAACGAGGGUUGCCAGAGUGGACACUAGAUGUAGUGGUUUCGACACUAGUUUCGUUUCCCAUGAAAACGCUAUAGUAAAGAGCUGUAGUAGUUUCGACACUAGAUGUGUCGGGAAAGUCUGCAUGUCGACAACCGAUCUACCAUUUUCUGUUCGAGACAUGAACUUGUGGCCGUUCCUUAAAGCUUGCAGAGAACGACAUCUGGACAGGUCCUGUGGCCUUGUCGGCAAGGCGUUGUUAUCCCGCGGUUCAUGUUUUUGUGGAGACGUAACCAAACUCAGUGAAGCAGAGUACCCUUUGAUCCACAAUGCACGCAUGUACCGGUUGACCAGCAGCUUUGCGAUCAUGUGUAGUGUUGAAGCCGAUGAUGACUAUGUGCUAAAGUUUUAUCUACCGCCAGAUAUUAGAGACAGCGGACAGGUCUCGAACUUGGUCCAAACAUUGAAGCACAACAUUCCGUUGAGUUCAGGAUUUGAACUGGGUGACAAGUCAUGUACGGUUCUGUCUGUAAACAUGGAACCUGAUGUUAUACAAACAUCCUCGGCGAAUCCCACCAACUUGAGCAUAGAGAUAACAAGCAAAAAACGUAAAAUAGAAUCGCUUACCGAGAUGGUGACAGCAGAGAUAAGUCAUAAUAAUAGCAAUAAGAAAAAAAUUCAGUUUUCUGUUUCAAUGGGACUUGCAUAUCUGGAAAACGAAGUGUUGCGAAGCUUCGAGUUAAAAGUGACGAGUUAAAACGAUGGUGUUGACGUCGAGGGUGGCUGUGGCUGGUGGAGACAGCAAUGAUGGUGGAGUCGUAGGUGGCGUUGACGGUGACAGUGGGGUGUGGGGUUGAGUUUGAACACAACUAAAUUUUUCCAUAUCUAUACAUGCACUCACGCGUGCGCAUAGGCAUGUAAUAGACAAGUAUUGAACAAGGUACUAUGCAUGCUGCAUAAAGCACCACAUAUAUUUUUCUUUUAAAGCUGUACUGUAUUACAUUCA